AUGUGUUUUGUGUUGCAAUUUUUACUAAAGGCACGAAGGUGUGGAGAAUUGUCACUCUUCGUAGGAGGGGCAAAGCACUUUGAAAAGGUUGCUUCGAACCAAGUUUUGUGGCAUGCACAGGGAGUCAUGAUGUUGCGACGUUUGGCGGAGGGCAGGCGAAGAGAGUGGGAGCGUUGCGAGUCUGGCGGAGGUGCUGUGCCAUUGGGAAGGUGCGCGUCAGCGGACGGUUUUUGGAGGCGCUUGGACUGCCAAAUUGCUUGGCAGGUUGAUGUGUGCGCUCUGAAUGGGGCUUCCCAAUUCACUUUUGGAGGAGGUCUGGUACAAAAUUACACAAAAUUGCCUUUUUGGAGACACCUCGCCAUACGAAAUGCUUGUGCUGGAAACCCGAAGCUUCCUGUCUCACUUUCAUGGGAAGACAUCUCGCACGAAAUGCUGGUGUUGGAGACUUCCCAUCUCAUUUCUGGAGGAAGUCUCGCGUGCAGUGCUUGUCUUGAGGAUUUAGCGUCUCACUUCUGGAAGAAGUUUCGGACGAAGCGUUUGUCUUGGAGGAAGGCUUGUGCUGAAGGAAGUUUUGUCCCAGAGUUUUUCAGCACAAGUGUCCUACAAAAAAAGGAGUGUUUCACGAGCAUUCUGAUUUAG